AUGUCGGUAGUUAAUAUUCUCUUGGCUAUAUUCCUAUUGCUAUUUUCUAUAAUGCAGAAAGGUAAAGGUGUGCAUGCUCUUGCAGACUAUUUCUGUUUCAUCCUAUUCAUUCUUAUUGCCAUUUUCGCGGCUUUUUCCGUGAUAAAGGAGAAUCUUAUUUGGCCCUUACUUGGAGCAACGCUAGCCAUCUUAAUCUCGCUAUUGAUUGCACUUGCAUAUCACCUACUUUAUUGUUACAGCAAUCGAGUUGAUAGUGAGUCUUGGCUGUUAAUUAGAUUGAGAACAAGUGAUAGGAAAGAACUAGAGCCAACAAAUUUAAAGCAGAUUAUAACAGGCACUUUAAGUGAAAUUUUCGAAGUUGCCGGUUCAGCGAUCAUUUAUUUAGCCAUUUUAAUCAUUGCUGGAUUUUGCACUUUUAUUGCAAUCCGUUGGCGAAUAUUUGUUACUCUUAGAAGGAAAGUCAAGAAGCAACGGAAUGCAUCAAAGGAAGCCAAGGCUUCAUUGAUACAAUGUGAAUUAUGA